AUGACCCAAAUCGUUCGCCAUCCGGUUGCAACCGGUGCUGCCAAAAUUCUUGCGGGCAAACGUGCGGCUGAGCAGCCCUUGAAGCUAUACGCUGGCUGGUUUUGCCCAUAUGUCCAACGCACCUGGCUCGCCCUCGAAGAGAAGAAGAUCCCAUACCAAUACAUCGAAAUAAACCCAUACGACAAAUCCCCCUCCUUGCUCGCUUUGAACCCAAAGGGCCUCGUCCCAACCAUCGCCGCCCCCCUCCCCAACAACCAGGGCACAAAACCUCUCUACGAAUCCAACAUCAUCAACGAAUACCUCGAAGAGGCCUACCCAGACCACACCCCACAUCUCCUACCCAAGGACCCAUUCGAGCGCGCCCGCGCCCGCAUCUGGAUCGACUUCGUCGGCGCCCGCAUCACGCCCUCCCAACGCAAGAUCCAGUAUGCGAAGAACCAGGAGGAGCGGGACGCAGCGCGCGCAGAGUUCCUCAAAGCCAUUAAGGAAUUUACCAGCGCGAUGGAUCCCGAGGGCCCCUAUUUCCUUGGCAAGGAGAUUGGGUUGCCGGAUAUUGCGCUGGCGCCGUGGGUGGCUAGGUUCUUUUUGAUUGAGAAGUUCAUUGAGGGUGGGACUGGGAUUCCUGCGGAGGGGAAGGCGGGGGAGGAUGAGAGCGUUUGGGCUCGGUGGUGGAAGUGGGAGAAAGCGCUUAGGGAGAGGGAUAGUUUUAAGAAUACGAUGAGUGAGAAGGUGUAUUAUGAGAAUUUGGCGACGCAGGACUGGGCCCGGUGA